GCUCGCGCAAUUGUUUGACCCGUGGAGGAGCCCAUCCAUUCCGCCAGCAGGGCAGGGGGGGGGGGAGAGAAGGUACUGAAACUUCUUUCUUUCCUCUGCCGCCGCGAGCCAAAAGCGCGCAGCACAGUGGGAGAGGCACGAAGGCAGUCCUCCUCACAGAGAAGUCACAGACAUAGCCAUGGCUGCGCUCACGGUUGCCAGCAGCGCCGCCAUCAAGGCGUCGGCUUCGGGCCUCGCCCAGACCAAGCUUGAGAGUGCCACCCGCCUGCAGCUCAAGGGCAGCAGCGGCUCGUCUUCUGCUGCCAAGGCCUUCGGCCUUAGCAAAUGCAACUCUCGCCUCUCCUGCUCCCUCGACGAGGAGGCCUCCUCCUUCGUUAGCAAGGUCGCCGAUGCCGCCAAGGGUGCCGCCGUCGCCUUGGCCACGUCUGCAUUGCUGGCGCAAGCUGCCGUUGCCGCUCCUCCUCGUCUGACCUUCGACGAAAUCAACAGCAAGACUUACCUCGAGGUCAAGGGUACCGGCACUGCCAACCAGUGCCCUGCUAUUGGUGGAGGCUUGGACGGCUUCAGCUUCAAGCCUGGCAAAUACCAGAUGCAGAAGCUUUGCCUCGAGCCGACUGAGUUCCGCGUCAAGGCCGAGUCCCAGUUCAAGGGCGGCGACACUGAGUUCACCAAGACCAAGCUCAUGACUAGACUGACUUACACUCUGGACGAGAUUGAGGGCCCAUUCGAGGUGAGCAGCGAUGGAUCCGUGAAGUUCGAGGAGAAGGACGGAAUCGACUACGCGGCUGUGACGGUGCAGUUGCCGGGAGGGGAGAGAGUGCCCUUCCUGUUCUCGGUGAAGGAGCUGGUGGCGACUGGGAAGCCGUCGAGCUUCGGAGGAAAGUACCUGGUUCCGUCCUACAGAGGGUCGUCUUUCUUGGACCCGAAGGGCCGAGGUGGGUCCACUGGAUACGACAACGCGGUGGCACUGCCAGCAGGAGGGUCAGGUGAUAGAGAUGACCUGGAGAAGGAGAACUUGAAGAGCACGUCGGCCGCCGAGGGCAACAUAGUCUUCACCGUGGCUCAGUCCAAUCCGGAAUCGGGAGAGGUGGUGGGGACGUUUGAGAGCGUGCAGCCGUCCGAUACCGACCUCGGUGCCAAGCAGGCCAAGGAGGUGAAGAUCUCUGGCAUCUGGUACGGUCAGUUGAAGUAGUAAAUCACGCGGUCAAGGAGCGGUGCGAUUCUCUGCGCUCUUUGCUUUGUGUGUGUGUGUGUGUGUGUGUGGGUGUGUGUGGGUGUGUGGGUGGGUGUGUGCGUGUGUUUGUUGCGUAAGUCUCUCGGUGGGUCAGUGUGUUUGACACUCUGCCUGCCUCGUAUAGAAAAAAAGAAGAGAGAGAGAGAGAGAGAGAGAGAGAGAGAGAGAGAGAGAGAGAGAGAGAGAGAGAGAGAGAGAGAGAGAGAGAGAGAGAGAGAGNGAGAGAGAGAGAGAGAGAGAGAGAGAGAGAGAGAGAGAGAGAGAGAGAGAGAGAGAGAGAGAGAGAGAGAGAGAAGAGAGGGAGGGAGAUAGUACUGCACUUGAAUGGAGCUGGACGUCGCUCUCCUGUCGUCUUCUGGCUAGCUCAUGAUUGAUGUAAUUAUAUUUAUCGGAUGGGAUGCACUGGCUUGGCGCGCUUCGCUGGCUUUUGUUUUUGUUCCAAAUUGAUAAAUGGUUGUGCAUAAUCAGAGCCAGAGUGUGAUGACCCUACUCUUUCAUGUGUUUCGUGUGCCUCUCUCCUCCCCACUAGCUCUUCCCAUCUUGUCCUCGCCAUCCCUUUCUUUUUCCCUCUCUCUUCUCCUCCAUUGCCACUCUCCUUCUCCCUCUCGUUUCUAGCUGACGUGUGCAUGCAUGCAUGCAUGCAUGUAAUUUCUCUCGCAUGCACGCCUUGUCGGCCAACGUGUGGCAGUGUGUCGUCGGACGAGUGGGAUUUCGACGCUCCCUCCUCCCUUCUCCCUUCUCCCUUCUCCAAACCCUCCCCCCCUCAUCUCUCUCAUCUCCUCAGUGAUCCCAACUAUCCUCUCCUCCUCGACCUCCACCCCCACGUUGUAAUUCUCCCAAUUGCAUGCGGCAGCUUGAUUAAAGCUCCGUGAGGCGGAACUGCAGAGCGUCGGCUGGCUGUAGCCGACCUCAUGAUGGCCGUUCCGGUCGGCCGGUCGGGCGGCCGGUCCGUCGGCUACCGGUAGCGAGCUCUCGUCGUGAUCACGAUCCGGCGAGUAUGGUUCCUACGGCAUGACCUGCGCUCCCAAACUCCUCCGUUUGGUCGCCCGCAGUGAACGACUUGUCCGUUAUUUGCCACUGGGGCAACGGGCGAGGUCGUCGGCUGAACCGACCGGUAGCAGAGAACAACUUGCUGACUACUCUACCGUAGGUUGAUUGAUGGCCUGCUUUCUCUCAGGGCGGUGAUACCAGAUCAGUCGCACGUUUUCAAUUAAGAACAGCUGGCAGUCCCACGUUCGUUCCAGGACUACAGUCCGUCCGCUUGGUCCAUAAAGUUAGUCUACGGCCGAGGCUGCGCCCUCAUUUGCCCCGCUCCUUCCCCCCCCCUUCCCCCCUCUUCUUCCUGUCUGUCGAACCCGCGGGACUUGAACAGUCGUCACUUAUUGCAGGAGACCGGUCUUUGAAUAGGCUGUGUUACACGCGCCGGACCUCCGCGGAGUCGCGGACUUGUCUUCCUUCUACAGGCGAUGUACAUAUGGUAUGUCCAUCCGACAAGCAGGUGAGGACAGACCGGGACCAAACAGCAAAAUGUUUUUUUCACGGAAGGGAACGGUGUGAGGGAGAACCUCCUAGAGCAAUAUUGGAACGAGUGUUUCCUAUUA